CACCCUAACUGAGCCCAGCCCACUUGCCUGCAAACCCUUCUCUUCUCCUUCCUCUCUCGACCUCGCUCUCGCUCACGGCUCACCCUCGCUGCCUCGCUGGCUCUCUCUUGCUUUCGCUCGAGCUCGGCCCCUCUUGCUCUCGCUAGCCCUCGCUGCCUCUCGCCCUCGCUCUCUGCCUCUCUUGCUCUCGCUCGCCCUCCGGCUCUCGCUCUCGCUCGCCCUCGCUGCCUCUCGCCCUCGCUCUCUGCCUGACUGCCUCUCUCAGUCUCUCUUGCUCUCGCUCGCCCUCGCCCCCACGCUCGCUCGGCCAGUCGGCCUCGCCCUCUUGCUCGCUGCCCUGGCCCCUGCCUCUGGUUCAGGUCUUCGUUUUACCCCCCCGCCCAAACAUCCAGAUUUGCUUCAUUCGAGCCCAGCCCCCCCAACCUAAAUUCCUAGAUCCGCCCCUGGUCCCAGGGUUCAUUCAGGGAGAGAGAAGAGGAGAGAUGUCGGCGAAAGAUGGAGAAGGAGAAGCAGAAGCAGAGCAGGUGGUGAAUCCAUGGGAGGUAUCCGCCAAAGACGGCGGGAAGAUCGAUUAUGAUAAGCUCAUCGACAAGUUCGGCUGCCAGAGGCUCGAAAAAUCCCUCAUCGAUCGUGUUCACCGCCUCACUUCUCGCCCUCCUCACGUCUUCCUCCGCCGAGGCGUUUUCUUUGCUCACCGGGAUUUUAAUGAAAUUCUGGAUGCCUAUGAGAGAGGAGACAAGUUUUAUCUAUACACCGGCAGAGGACCCUCUUCAGAAGCUUUGCAUUUGGGCCAUCUCGUCCCCUUCAUGUUCACCAAAUAUUUGCAAGAUGCUUUUAAGGUUCCUCUUGUUAUACAGUUGACUGAUGAUGAGAAGUGCAUGUGGAAAAACUUAUCAGUAGAAGAAAGCAAAAGACUUGCUCGCGAGAAUGCUAAAGACAUCAUAGCUUGUGGCUUUGAUGUUUCAAAAACCUUCAUCUUCUCAGAUUUCAAUUAUGUUGGUGGGUAUGUAUUGCUUAUAUGCAUCUUCCCCCCCCCCAAGUUGGCAAGCAUAUUAAUUCUUAGUACCUUUUAUGAGAACAUGGUUAGGAUUGACAAAUGUGUCACAUACAACAAGGUUGUAGGUAUUUUUGGCUUCACUGGUGAAGAUCAUAUUGGGAAGAUAAGUUUCCCUGCUGUUCAGGCUGCUCCAUCAUUUCCUAGUUCAUUUCCGCACCUCUUUUCUGGAAAAAAUGACCUCCGUUGCAUGAUUCCUUGUGCAAUUGAUCAGGAUCCUUAUUUUCGAAUGACUAGGGAUGUUGCUCCUCGACUGGGUUAUCACAAGCCUGCUUUGAUUGAGUCAUCAUUUUUUCCUGCUCUCCAGGGAGAGACUGGGAAGAUGUCUGCUAGUGAUCCAAACUCUGCCAUAUAUGUGACCGAUUCUGGAAAGGACAUAAAAAAUAAGGUAAACAAAUAUGCAUUCUCUGGUGGGCAAGAUUCUGUAGAGAAACACAGAAAGUAUGGAGCAAAUCUUGAGGUAGACAUUCCAAUUAAAUACCUUGGUUUUUUCCUAGAGGAUGAUGCUGAACUUGAACACAUAAGAAGGGAAUAUGGUGCAGGGCGCAUGCUAACUGGUGAAGUAAAGAAGCGGCUUAUUGAAGUUCUAACAGAAUUGGUGGAAAGACAUCGUAGGGCUCGGGCUGCAGUCACAGAUGAGAUGGUGGAUGCAUUCAUGGCAGUCAGGCCCCUUCCCAAUAUGUUCAGUUGAGCGAGAUUCACCAAGGAAAAGAAAACAAUGCAAGGGUGCCAGAUUUAUGUUUGUCAAUGCUUAGGGACCUAAAACAAUGCAAUGGGGUUGGUUCCCUUGAUUCUAGGUGAGAAUUUACUUUUUCAUUUACAGUUUUAGGUCUCUUGGUUGUUGACUCAUUAUUCAACUUGAAAGAGGUCUCUUAUGUAAGUUUGGUGCCAGAUUUAUGUUUGUCAGAGGUAUUGUUUUAUCCCAGGAUUGGCUGGUAAGUUGUAAUUUUAUGACAGUUCUUUAUAUCAUUGGAAUUAGAGGGCAAUA